AUGGAGAUUAGGCUUGUCGCCUGCGAGCGUAUGUCAGGGACACAAUGCUCGAAAAAGACUCCAUUGAGUUUGUGCUUCGUGAAGCAGCCUGUCUGCAAUGGAGAUGAGGCUUGUCGCCUGCGAGCGUAUGUCAGGGACACAAUGCUCGAAAAAGACUCCAUUGAGUUUGUGCUUCGUGAAGCAGCCUGUCUGCAAUGGAGAUUAGGCUUGUCGCCUGCGAGCGCUUGUCGCCUGCGAGCGUAUGUCAGGGACACAAUGCUCGAAAAAGACUCCAUUGAGUUUGUGCUUCGUGAAGCAGCCUGUCUGCAAUGGAGAUUAGGCUUGUCGCCUGCGAGCGUAUGUCAGGGACACAAUGCUCGAAAAAGACUCCAUUGA